AUGACGGCGUCUCCGGAUUACUUGGUGGUGCUCUUCGGAAUCACGGCUGGGGCCACCGGGGCCAAGUUGGGCUCGGACGAGAAGGAGCUAAUCCUGCUCUUAUGGAAAGUCGUGGAUCUGGCCAACAAGAAGGUGGGACAGUUGCACGAAGUACUAGUUAGACCGGAUCACUUAGAGCUGACGGAGGACUGCAAAGAAGAAACGAAGCUCGACGCCGAGAGCCUGUCCUCGGCGCCGCAGCUGGACCAAGCGCUCCGACAGUUUAACCAGUCAGUGAGCAAUGAACUGAACAUUGGGGUAGGAACCUCCUUCUGUCUCUGUACCGACGGGCAGCUUCAUGUCAGGCAAAUUCUGCAUCCCGAGGCUUCUAAGAAGAAUGUAUUAUUGCCUGAAUGCUUCUAUUCCUUCUUUGAUCUUCGAAAAGAAUUCAAGAAGUGUUGCCCUGGUUCACCUGAUAUUGAUAAACUGGAUGUUGCAGCAAUGACAGAGUGUUUAAAUUUUGAGAAGAAUAGUUCAGCCUCCCGGUAUGGAGCAUCUCAAGUUGAAAAUAUGGGAAAUAUAAUCUUAGCAAUGAUUUCAGACCCUUACAAUCACAGGUUUUCAGAUCCUGAGAGAGUAAAUUACAAAUUUGAAAGUGGCACUUGCAGCAAGAUGGAACUUAUUGAUGACAACACGGUAGUCAGGGCACGAGGUUUACCAUGGCAGUCUUCGGAUCAAGAUAUUGCAAGAUUCUUCAAAGGACUCAACAUUGCCAAGGGCGGUGCCGCACUUUGUCUGAAUGCCCAGGGGCGGAGGAACGGAGAAGCCCUGGUUAGGUUUGUGAGCGAGGAGCACAGAGACCUAGCUCUGCAGAGACACAAACACCACAUGGGGAGCCGGUACAUCGAGGUUUACAAAGCAACCGGUGAAGAUUUUCUUAAAAUUGCUGGCGGUACAUCCAAUGAGGUGGCCCAGUUUCUCUCCAAGGAAAACCAAGUCAUUGUCCGCAUGCGGGGGCUCCCCUUCACGGCCACGGCUGAUGAAGUGGUGGCCUUCUUUGGACAGCAUUGCCCCAUCACUGGGGGGAAGGAAGGCAUCCUCUUUGUUACCUACCCGGAUGGUAGGCCCACGGGGGAUGCUUUUGUCCUCUUUGCUUGCGAGGAAUAUGCCCAGAACGCACUGAGGAAGCAUAAAGACCUGUUGGGUAAAAGAUACAUCGAACUCUUCAGGAGCACAGCAGCUGAAGUUCAGCAGGUGCUGAAUCGAUUCUCCUCGGCUCCUCUCAUUCCACUUCCAACCCCUCCCAUUAUUCCAGUACUACCUCAGCAGUUUGUGCCCCCUACAAACGUUAGAGACUGUAUACGCCUUCGAGGUCUUCCCUAUGCGGCCACAAUUGAGGAUAUCCUCGACUUCCUGGGGGAGUUUUCCACUGAUAUCCGAACUCAUGGGGUCCACAUGGUACUGAAUCACCAGGGCCGCCCGUCAGGAGAUGCCUUUAUCCAGAUGAAGUCUGCGGACAGAGCAUUUAUGGCUGCACAGAAGUGUCAUAAAAAAACCAUGAAGGACAGAUAUGUUGAAGUCUUUCAGUGUUCAGCUGAGGAGAUGAACUUUGUGUUAAUGGGGGGCACUUUAAAUCGAAAUGGCUUAUCCCCACCGCCAUGUAAGUUACCAUGCCUGUCUCCUCCCUCCUACACAUUUCCAGCUCCUGCAGCAGUUAUUCCUACUGAAGCUGCCAUUUACCAGCCCUCGGUGCUCCUGAACCCACGAGCACUGCAGCCCUCCACAGCGUACUACCCCGCGGGCACCCAGCUCUUCAUGAACUACACGGCGUACUACCCCAGCCCCCCAGGUUCGCCCAAUAGUCUUGGCUACUUCCCUACAGCUGCUAAUCUUAGCGGUGUCCCUCCACAGCCUGGCACGGUGGUCAGAAUGCAGGGCCUGGCCUACAAUACUGGAGUUAAGGAAAUUCUUAACUUCUUCCAAGGUUACCAGUAUGCAACCGAGGAUGGACUUGUACACACAAGUGACCAGGCCAGGACUCUAUCCAAAGAAUGGGUUUGUAUUUAA